AGCCUCCUCUGCUCAGACUUCAGUGCAGCAUCGCGAUCCAGAUAGCAGCGCGGCCCCAUCUGCUCCACUCCGCCGUCACCACCACCUAUCUCUAUCGAUACGCCCCUUAUCAUCCGACCGCUGCCCACCGCGCCGCUGCCCGUCUGUGUAAAGAGCUUGGUCCCGGCUUGUUUUGAUUUUGGAUAUCGUGCAACCGCCCACAUCACCACCACACACGACAUUCCGCGACGGCCCACCGCCUCACGCAUCGCCUCCUUUCACUUUACCAUGGACCGCACGCCGUCGCCCUCUCGACGGGUGCACACGCCGCCUGCGCCCCUUCACGGUGACGAUUGGGAGCCCUUCUCGCCGCGCCGCUCCAGCAGAGUCGCUGCGCAACGCGGCCUUCACCUCGAGCAAACGGUCCCAGCACGCGCCCCCCGCACUAGGCGCGACGUGACCCCUUCCGCCUCGUCGCGCAAAGCUGUUGCGCGCACCUCCAACUUCACACUGUCACCACCCUCCUCGCCCGUCUCCUCCCCCAAACGCACCCCACAUUCGACGCGUCGCGCACUCUUCCGAGCCGCAGAAGCACUGGAUUCCGACUCAGACCAGCCUCGAAUCACGUCGGGGAGUCGCUUCCUCGCCUCCAUGGCCCCUGGCAUGCUCCCCACCCCGGCGAAGACGCCCCGCAAGCGCGUCGUGCACUCCGAGUCUAUCAAGUCUACGGCGCGCGUCCUCUUCCCAGCACGCCCAGCAACCAUCGAGGAGGUGACCCCGCGAAAGGCGCGCAAGUUCACCAAGAACGUCUACUCUCUCAACAGCUUCGAAGAGGCCGGCGAGUCGUCAAAGAUUGAGAUCUACACGGACUCGAAGGAGCGUAUCCCUACCGCUGACGAGGACGAUGAUGAGGAGAAUCCGUUCGUGGUGAAGAAGGCCAAGGGGAAGGCCAAGGUCAAGGCCAAGGUCAAGGCGAAGCCGACCCCGCAGCGCAAGCAGGACGCAAAGGCGGACGACAUGGACGAGGCCGUCAACCGCGAAGAGGGCAUGAUCUUUCUCUUCCGCGGAAAGAAGGUCUUCCGCAAGUUCCACGACGAUCACCCGUCUGACGCGCCCACCGAAGAGGAUGACGAGGCAUCUGGGGACGAGCUUCGACUUGUGCGCGCAGCUGGGCCCGAAGCGCGUCGCCCACUGACCCGCUCGUCCAUCAAGCCGAAGCUGCUUUUCCAGGACGAGAUCAGGCAGCGAAAGCUCGAGAACGGCGAGGUCAGCGAGGACGAGGAGGCCAGCACCGACAUGGAAACCCCGAUGGCAACGCCCAGCCGCGGCAAGGGCAAAAUGCUCAUGUCCGUCGCCGACUCGCUGCAAGAAGCCACGCCGCCGCCCACGGUGCGCAAGGCCAAGCGAGAAAUCUCCUUCGACGGCUGGUCGCGCAUCAAGUCGGCACACAGCUCCGGCAGCUCGUCGCGCGGCGCCAAGCGCAGCGGCUCGCCGCUCGUGCGCGAGGUAGACAAGAAGGCGCGCAGUGGUGACCACUCCUCAUCAUCCGCGUCCACUGCAGGCAUCGAACGGCGCCCCGCUCGUUCUUGAUUUCCGCCGCAUCGAGUGUUGGCAGCACCAUGACUUUGGCCCUCGCACUUUGUUUUUGGCGUUUGGGUUCGAUUAGCGACAGGAUACCCGGCUUUCGUGCGCUUGUAUGGGGGUGUCGUGCUUUGUUGCGCGGCAGCACGUGUGGGUAAUGGGGGGUGAGGGAAGGAAGGCAUUGCAAUUGCAUAGCGCGUCACAGCAUCAGGACAGGGGAGUAGCUGAGCUUUGAAUAUCCGAGGGCAGCAGUAGAUAGAACCACCGAAUCAACAUCAGAACAUCAGAGAAAGAAGAACA